ACUGUGCACACGAUAGCCGGGCUGAAGAAGUAGAAGCAAAAAGAAAAAUCAAACUUUCGUGUCGUGUAAAAAAAAUUUCAAGCGCACUGCUUUACACGGACCCCCUCCCCUUCCCCCUCUGCCCAACACCUGCUAUUUUUUACGGUUUUAUAAGGCGCAGUCGUGACGUUUGGAGAAAGGCUUAGCUGGGAUUUGCAAAAAGCUUAAAGUUUAAUUUCACUAUGCAAACGCAUUGACAUUCAUUCUUGGACUUGGAUGAGGUUGAGGUUGGACCUCGCGGCGCAUCGCAUCAUUUGGCUUUCAGGGCUAUCGGGUUCGGUGAGACAAAAGGGCCGGAGUCCAAAUAUCAAACCAGUUCAAGUGCUUGCAGUCACAACAACAACAACGGCUGAGAGAAAGAGAGCGAGCGCAAGGCGCAGGCGCACGUGCAGAAAGCGAGAGCGCAGCAACGUUGGCGUCGGCGUCGCGUGCUUGUAAUUGGGACAAGAACCGUUUGGCAGCAGCGCAGUCGCAGCCGCAGCAGACGUCAACGUUGCCACAGCGCUUGUCAAACUGCUAGGGCUGGCAACAGUGCGUGCGGAAGUGCUUUAAAACUGUGCGCGACUGUGUAAAAAUUGCAUAAUUUUAAAUAAUAAAAAGACACACAUAACCACCUGCUAACAACAAUAAAAGCAUGUGCAAGAAAUCUAUAAUAAAAAUUGGCAAACAAUCGAAUUGUGUGAAAACAGCAGCAGCAACAACAAAUUGCUGGUAGCCGCGAAAAUAAAAGCGACGCUUUGUUCAUUCAUUGUAUUUAACAGACAGUAACAACUAAGACUUUUUUACUGUAAAAUGUCCAAGCUGUUGAAAAUAAAUUCACUAUCGUUGCUGCUCCUGAUGGCGACAGCGCUGCCCCAACAACAGCAACAGCAACAGCAACUGCUGCCAGCGACUGUUGCUGCAACAAGCACUGCAAAAACGACAACAAGACUUUUAAAUGCAACUGACGGCACUGGCACUUUCAUCGAUAGCACCAGCAACAACAACAACAACAACAACAACAAUGAGGCCUCCACCGUCGCCUAUGAACAGCAACAACAACAACAACAAACAUUGCAAUAUGCUCAAAUAACGGCAUUAGAUAAAGAAGUAGUUGAACGCCUGAUCAAGCAAUGGGCACCGAUUGUGUGGCUGGCGCCGGAGGAAAAAUUCAUGCCACUGGGCGUUGAGGAGUUUCUGCAGCAUGUGCAUCCCAUGGACAAGGAUCGAAGCUUUACGCCGGGCGUGCCCUUCAGCGAAUACUCCACCAAAUCGCAUCUGGUGACCAAUGGCGAAAUGGAGGAUCUGCUCAAGAACGAGCAAUCGUUCAUCCACGGGCGUAAUCCCAAUGAGGCGCCAGUGCCCAUCUAUGGCGUGGUCACACUGUGUCCCGGUCCGGCCAAACGCGAGCCCGAAGCAGUGCCGCCGCCGCCAUUGGCCAGCACACGGGGUCCCUACAUACCGGUGUCCAUUGAUCCGCUGGAGGAACGUAAUGAGACGGUCCGACGUUCGUCGCGACUCUUUCCACUGUUUCAGCGCGUGAGGCGCGAGGCAGGCAGCAUGCCAGAGUACGGGCCGCUCAGUGACUACGAUCUGGUCAUGGGUGAGACACAGUUAGCUGGCGCAGCGCUUCCUGAACCCGCGACGUUUGAGCAGCAGCAGCAGCAGCCGCUGGAGUCGGAGUUGGAGAAUGGGCUCCCAGUGAAUAACUUUAUAGCCAAUCUGGCUGACAAUGUCAAGUUCAGUGGAGGCGUCGAUCAGGACGACAAUCUGGAGGAUAACAAUAUAAGCGAUGCGCCAGCGCAAGAGACGCAGCGGGUCAAGGGACAGCUGCCUGGCUUCCAUGUCACCUAUUGGAUGUUCUAUCCCUACAGCCAGGGCAAGACGAUGUGCACGUUGAGCCUGGGGCCCCUGGGCCGCAUACCCUUUCCGGCUGUCUACGGCUACUGUCUGGGCCAUCGCCGGGAUAUUGGCAGCCAUGUGGGCGAUUGGGAGCACAUGAGUUUGUACUUCAACGGCGAUGCUGAGCCGCAGGCCAUGUAUGUGUCCGCUCACGAUGCGGGCGCCUACUACAGCUACAAUCGCCUGACUGGAUCUUUUGAGUUUCGGCGCCAGGAGACGCGUAAGGGCAUCCUGCAGCGUCCCAAUUUUCCCAAAACGGUCACAACGUUCAAGAACCAUCCGGUGCUCUUUGCCGCCAAGGGAUCCCAUGGUCUGUGGACGGCGCCCGGCAAGCAUCGUUUCGUUAAGGUGGCUCGACUUUAUGAUAUCAAUGGCUUUGGCACGCCCUGGAACACUUGGAAGGCAGUCGACAUAAGCUAUAAGAAUCUGCGCUCCUAUGGUCGCUCGUUGGUGCCCGAUUGGCUGACCUAUCGCGGCAAGUGGGGCAAUCCCAAGAGCAAGUGUCAUCCUUUUCGCCGCAUUGGCCUUAACUUCUGCGAGUUCACAGACGGACCCACGGGCAUACCACUGAAGGAGCCGCACUUUGAAUGCGGCGCCGACUAUCGCUGAUUGUAGCAUUGGCCCGACUAACAUUAAGCUUAACUUAAGAAAAGUAUUUAUUGUGAAAUUCCCUACCUGCUGGUUGCUCCCAAAAGCAUUAAAACUGACCUAAGAAACGUGCUUAACAAUUUA